GAUCCGGCGGCUGCAAGUGACAGUUAUUGGAGCAAAUUUGAAACGGUGAAUUGUGUUUUUGCGCGGUGCUGCUCGGCGAGGAGUGGCGGAAGUGUGCGUGUGGGUGUGUAUUGAUUGUUUGCUUACAAUUAUUAAUUCCUCCCCCACACACACACCUAGUGUGCUUCAUCGAAGAAAAAGAAAAAAACGCUCGAUGAAUAAAGGAGUGAAAUGAAAAAAAAAGAAACCCCCAUCAAGCAGCUUGUGAAAGCGCGUUCGGAAACAGUGAAUGGGUGCCCCGGAACUGUGUGUGGCUGUGUGUGACUCAAUAAAAAAAAAAAACAACAACCAACAACGGUGCGCUUUUCCGCUUCCGAAAGCGUGAGCCGGCGCGUUAAAGUUAUUACACACUGGCCUGGCGCAUGUAACACGCAAUAAAUCUCCCCACCCUUCGAAGGUCAAAAAGUUUUGAAGAGCGGAUACAAGCGUGAUCCCUCUUUCAGGAAAGUUAUCAGUACUCCAACCAGGAACACCGUGCUAAACCGUGAUAGUGCAUGCAAUAACGGACCGUGCUCGGUGCCGGAGGUGAGAUACGGCACACCUGCGAGUGGCUGAGCCAAAAUGACCCAAGCAGAAGAGGUUCUCGAGGUGAAGAAUCUCUAUCACAGCAAUGUGCCGGAUGAUCAACAUCCGGCACAUCACGGUGAGAAAGAACACCGACAACCAGACCACGGUGUGGACAAACGCCACGUUCAUCAGCAUCCCGAUCGUUCGAGACCACAGGACACGAUCGUACGUAACGGACGCGAUCACGUGGAAGGUGACAACAGCGCCCCUAGCGAGUGGACAAAGCAAACCCAGUGGCAUCCGCACGUGUACGCUAACCCACCAAAGCAGCCACCGACGCCUCACUCGAUAAUGGACAUCCUUGGGUGGAAGGGUUCGAAGGCGCCAAGUCCUGCCGUUACCAAAGAAGAAGGUCCGUCGAGGGCUGGCGCGAGUAGUAGCAGUCCGUUUGAUGCCAGAAGCGAGGAGGAAGCUCGAAGCAUGACGUCGUUCUUCUAUCGUCCGACAGACGUUGAGAAGCGUGCACCACCGGAAGUCGACGAGGAGGAGGAUCACGAUGUGACCGUCGAUCAGGACGAGGAUAGCGAGGAGGAAUCAGGGGUGAAACGAUCGGACGCUGGGCGUUCGCGAACAGGGAGUCCUAACGAGGACGAACCGCUGAAUCUGUGCAUAUCGAAGCCUGUGGUGGCAGUGCAGGUAGAAGGAGGACCUGCUGGUGUUCACGCCAGGAUGACGCCAGGAUGUGCGAGUCGCAGUUCGUUGGAGCGGUUACACGAACGGAAAGUUACAUCGGAGGAAGAUUCCACGCAAGAAUCGACACGAUCUUCUUCCGCACAUCUCCAACAACGCCGGCCACAUCCUUCCGCGGCUCCAAGACCCCGAUCCAUCGCACCUCCUCCAACAUUGGCCCACUCGAGUGAUGCCGACUCGGACAUUUGCAUGUCAAACGACGACUCAUCGACCACCGACGGACAGUUCAGUACCGUCAACGAGGCCGUAGCCUCAGCCACCAUGAACAUGUCGACGUUGUUCUCACUCCCAAAGUCGACAACCGCCGAAGGACUGCUGGCAGGAUCGAUAACGCCGGCAGCAGCGUCUACAAACGGCAGCUCGUUGGUGGCCACCGAUCGUGGUUCUAUUGAAGAGGAAACGUCCACCGGUGUGGGUCAUCAUCGGCGCAAGAAGAAGGCUCGCACCACGUUUACCGGACGGCAGAUCUUUGAGCUGGAAAAGCAGUUCGAGGUGAAGAAGUAUCUCUCGUCGAACGAGCGGACGGAAAUGGCCAAACUGCUGAACGUCACGGAAACGCAGGUUAAAAUAUGGUUUCAAAAUCGACGCACCAAGUGGAAAAAGCAGGACAGCGCGACGGGGCCGUCGGCGGAUGUCCCGUCCGUGCAGCAAUCCCCGAAGGAUGUGUCCGGUGGUGGAAAAACCAGCCGAGGUCCAUCGUCUAAAGCGUCGACUCCGAUCCCGUCCGGUGCGGCUGACCAGCUGUUAGGCCAUCCAGCGAAACCGGCGUGGAUUAGCGAACUGGAGAGCCUUCAGGAACUGCAGCAACCCUCAGCGGCGCCUCCACCGCAACAUCAAUCUGGGGGCUCGGGAAAAUCGCGUGCGUACGCAAAAUCAACAACCGGCGGUAGUGGUACCGCUGUAAGAAAGAGUGCCGCUGGAUCGAGUGAACGACGUAGCGCGGCAGCGAGACAACACGAACAGCGCCACCUACCGGGCGCAGCGGGUACUGAGCGGCGUAGUAGCAGCAGCAAUAGCAGCGCUAGCAGUCGAAGCAGCAGCGCACCAGUUGAGCAUCCCCACCAACAGAUGGCGCAAUCCGCAUGACAUUCUCAGCACGUUGAAGGCUCGAAUGGUGACGCUGGCGACGACGAUGAUGAAGACGGAGGCGAACAGCUUCCCAGUGGGGCAUGAGGAUUCGACCGGGAUUGCUUCACAUCCUUGUGUGUUUAUUAGGCCAGGAUUCCGACCACGUACGCCCGUUCUGAUGAGCUUUUGCGAAUGAUAUUACUUUUAUACCUUGUGCCAUUUGCUGCUGGGCCGACGCAGCACUGCUCUUGCCAAUGUAUGCUGCUUUCCGUUCCUGGGGCUUGGACGCGCGCGCGUUUGUGUGAGCUUUGCGAGUGUUUGCUUUACGAGAUAUAGGCGGUGAGGAGACGAGACCAGUCGGCUGAUGGGGAAGAGGCUCCCCUGUGGGCCGCCCGAAAUUAGUUAGAAAGCCAAGAAAUCCUGCUCCCAAAAAAACGUAUUUUUAGUUGCGAGAAAACAUUUAUACCCACGCAAGGAGUCGCGUGGGGGCGCAGAGAGUAGACCAAAGUAGGAAGACAAUUGAACGAAAUAAAGGAUGAUUUUUUUAACCGAG